CCAUGUGGAUAUAUAUAACGUCUCUUUUCCCAAAGUGCCACAUCUCUCUCUCUCUCUGAUCUCUCUCCAUGGCCAAUGACUAUGAAGUGUGUCUUUUUGAAGUGAUGAAUCGUCUUUGGUUCCACCAAAUUAUUCUUUUCCCUGAACCAACUGUACUUAUCCCCAAAACACUUAAAACAUCAAAACCAACCUCAGAAUCACUUCCACAUCCAUCUAUUACAGAGGAUCAUGAAAUGUUAUCACCAAUUCCAUCUUCAGCAACUCCUCUACAGGAGGAUGACUCCAACAAUGAAGAUGAUACUGAAAGGCUGAAUUUAAUGAUAAGCAAAUCGCGGUCACAUUCAUCAUCACCAUUGAACAAAAAGAGCUCGAAAUGUCUCAGUAAUUACUCCGGUUAUAGCACGAGCUUGCAGAAAACGAUGAGCUGCAAGAGCUUGUGGGAGCUAGAACUUGAGGAAGUAAAGGGUUUCAGGGACUUGGGUUUCAUAUUCACAAAAGAAAAUUUAACCCCACGAAUGAUGAGUGUAUUACCAGGCUUGCAAAGACUUGGACUUGGAGGUUUUGCACCUAAAGAUGAUGAAACUGAAAAAGAAGAAGAAGAAGAAGAGGAAGAAGAGAUGAGAGGUUUAAUGAUGAGGCCAUAUUUAUCAGAGGCGUGGCUAAUAAAGAGACCGGAUUCGACGCUGCUAAACCUGAGGAUACCGAGGGUGUCUGCCGCUGCUGAUAUGAAGAAACAUAUUAGGAAUUGGGCUAAAACUGUGGCUUCUGUCAUUCACCAUGUUUCUUGAAUCUGCUAGUGCAAAGGAGGAUGAGAAACACAGCAUCCACUCAUUUUCGGAGUAGAGAAUCUAUUCUGCCGACAACUUGCAACUGUAAAAUUAAUAUGCCUUAGUUGAAUUUGAAUAUAUAAUGUGGUGAUUGAAAUGAAUGAUCCAAAUGUAAAAUUAAUGAUUUUUGUUUACUGUCUUAA